UGUGUUUUGUCGUCGGAGCAGCAGAGAAGGAGACAAGGAGACAAGGAGAGGAACUCAGUCGAGCCUAGGGGGUUAUUCUUUUACAUCUCAUCACAGUUUAGCAUUAUUGGGGCAGCAUAAUGGCCGAUAAAAUGGAUAUGUCUCUAGACGACAUUAUCAAGCAGAACAGGCAGCAGAGAGGUGGAGGCGGAGGCCGCGGAGGAAGAGGCCGAGGCCGCGGAGGCUCCGGCGGCGGCCGAGGAGGUGGAGGAGGAGGCGGUGGUGGAGGAGGAGGAGGAGGCCCCGGCCGGCUCGGAGGAGGAUUUGGAGGCCGAGGCGGCGGAUCCGGCCCCAUGAGGAGCCGACAGAACCUGAGCCGCGCAAGAGGCAGACCGACGCCGUACAGCAGGCCUAAACAGCUUCCCGAUAAGUGGCAGCAUGACAUGUUUGACAACGGCUUCAGUGGCUUCAGCGGUGGCGCUGGGGGAGGCGGAGGAGCCGGCGUGGAAACUGGAGGGAAGCUCCUCGUCUCCAAUCUCGACUUUGGGGUCUCGGAUGCAGACAUUCAGGAACUUUUUGCUGAAUUUGGGACUCUGAAGAAGGCUGCAGUUCAUUACGACCGAUCGGGAAGAAGCCUCGGAACCGCAGAUGUCCACUUUGAAAGGCGGGCAGAUGCCCACAAGGCCAUGAAACAGUACAAUGGCAUCCCGCUUGAUGGGCGGCCCAUGAACAUACAGCUCGUCACAUCACAGAUUGACACACAGAGACGACCUAUGCAGGGUCUAAACAGAGGUGGUGGAGGAGGCAUGAACAGAAAUCGUGGGGGCGGCUUCAGAGGCAUGCAGAGAGGAGGCCGCGGAGGACGUGGUGCAGGCGGUGGAAGAGGUCGAGGUGGUCGCGGCGGUAAUACUAAACAGCAGCUUUCAGCAGAGGAACUCGACGCCCAGUUAGACGCCUACAAUGCCAGAAUGGACACUAGCUAAGAAAUGAAGAUCCUCCACUUUUGUUGUCCCUUCCUGUCUGCACAGAAGGGUAGUUGUUACAAAUGUGCAGAAUAUUUUACACAUGGUUGUCUUCUGAUGUGAUUGAAAUUUAUUGUUCCAACCUCUUCUUUUAAAUGCCCCGAAGUGUUUUUUACCAGUAUUUUUUUUUUUCUCCUUCUUUUCUGAUGAAAAUGGUUUUGACUGUAGGUAAAUGUGAAUUGGGUUUUCCCGGUUCUUUCCUAUACCUUGUAGUUAAUGACACUUGUAAUAAAACCCACAGUGCAUAUUAACCAAA